CAUAUUUGUUGAGAGCGUCCUUGGUCCCAAACACGCCCUUUCACUAUCACACACACUGCUGCAGGUAUCUACACAGUCUCUUGCAAAUGUUUUUUGGUAUGCUGUCGAUGAGAAGCUUGGGUAAAUAUAUUUUGCGAGUAAAGUUUUCCAGCAGACUUACAACUUGUGCAACUACAAGAACAUUAUCAACAUGUGUAAAGAGCACAAUAUUUUGUUCAUUCAAUUCUCUGCACUUGUCUGGCAUUAUGACAGGAGGAGGAUAUACUGAAUGUAAACGCUAUCAUGCUGCAUCUGAUCACAAAUUAAAAUGGGGCAAAUGGGGCAUAACCAAAGGAGAUACCAUUUCUUUGACUGACCUUCUCUUCACUCACAACAGGAAUUAUCUCGUCAAAAACAACCACCAACAUGUUAAGGCUGAGCAAUUGGAAGGCAAGGUUGUUGGUAUAUAUUUCCUGCCACUAUCUGCAAAAAAUCCUAAACACUCAUUGUGGCACACAGCAUUGCUCAAGGACGUAUAUGAUGAUCUACGUCCGGUCAAUAAUUUUGAAAUCAUUCUGGUUGCCUGUAAUGAUCUCGAUGAUGAUAACUUCGGAGCACAAAUACCAGUCCAUCCUUCUCUUGAAACUGACUCUCACAAGGUCUUUCAUGAUUUAUUUUCUUGCAUGCCGUGGACAGCCAUCCCAUUUUCAGAUGUAACAUCCAGGAAACAUGUGCAAAGAAGCUUUGGUGUGUCUGAAGAACAUGUUUUUCAACCUAAUUUGUAUAUUGUUGACCAAACAGGCAUGGUGUUACAAUGUUGCUCUUGGUCUUGGGAUAUUCUUGAGUACUAUGGAUCCUUAGGAUAUCCUUUUAGUGACAAAAGACUUAAAUUUUUGCGGACGGAAGAUUAUUUAGCAACUCAGCAACCCUGCUUGAAAACACUAUUGGGCUUUCCCCAGCGUGAUUACGUCAUUUCAAACAAUGGUGAUAAGAUACCUAUUCACACUUUUGAAGAUAAAGUUGUAGCCUUGUAUUUUUACCACCCUGAUUUUCCCGAUUCGCGAACUGAAAAACUUAAGUUGGUGUAUGAAGAGUUCAAAAUCAAGAACGUAUUUGAGGUUGUGCUUGUUUACAUUUAUGAGCCACGUUACAGGAAGCAAUGGAGAAGUGAAAAGUUAUUUUGGAAAAGUGAAGAAUCAUUUUGGGAAAAGUUCAAGAAUAUGCCUUGGUUGGCGCUGCCAUUUAAAGACAUGUGUUAUAAGAAGUUGAUGCGGGUUUUCGAGUUCCAGUGUGAUUAUUCACCUCGUCUUGUAAUUUUUGGGCCUCAUGCGGAUUACAUUGAACCAUUUGGCUUUAGAAUGUUGCAUAAGUAUGGGAUUGGAGGAUACCCAUUCACCCGAAAGAAGGCUGCGGAGUUGGAGACUGAAAAAAUAAAGGAACUGAGGUGGGAGAUGCUCUGGGAUCCGAACACUGUCUUUAGAAGGAACGACGGGUCUCAGGUUCCUUUCUCACUACUUUCUGGGAAGAAAGUUAUGCUUGUUCUUGAAAGCUUUAAUAACUUGCUUAAUGUCGAUGAUGGCUCAAAAGAAGUGAUGUCAAUUAUCGAGUUCCUAACAAAGUUAAAAGAAAGGUAUUUUCGGAAGAAGGGUACUGAUGAUGAGUUUGAAGUGAUCCGCAUUUUGGUAAACAAUACGGAAUCUUCCGUAAGCAAACACCUUGUUGGAGAUAUGCCUUGGUUGGUAUCACCUGGAAGCAAGUUGAUGCAUGAGUUAGACUCCUCCUAUUUUUGGUAUGGCCGGUCUACUUAUGAUGUGCUCCUGUUUCAUAUUCCCAUCUUUGCGUUCAGUGCAGAUGGAAAACUAGUUAGAAAAACUAUGUAUCCUACAUUUGAGGCUUCAGAGUUCCCCUUUUAUGCUGGUAGUUUGGAAGAUGAAACCUUGUGUCAGUUGAUUACUUGCUGGGGGUUGGAUUAUUCUAACUUCCGGUAUAACGGGCGAAUCUAUACAUAGACUAACUUCUACUCAAACAUAAAGUUUUACCUACGAACUGCUUGAAAGAUACUGCAAAGACGUCCAUUUCAAAUAUGCUUCUAUUGCAGUUUUUUAUUUAUUACUCUGUUUUUAUUAUUUUCA